UCAACUCCCAGAUCAAUCAUCACCGUCGCCGCCACAGACCACCCAGCCCACGCCGUCCCUCGCCGUCCCAGCCCAGCCCAGCCACGCCGUCCCAGCCGCAUCUCCCUCACUCAUCUCCCUCACUCAUCCCGUCGCCGCCACAGACCACCCAGCCCACGCCGUCCCUCGCCGUCCCAGCCCAACCCAGCCCGCGCCGCCGCCGCAUCUCCCUCACUCAUCUCCCUCGCUCAUCGCCGUCGCCGUCCGUCGCCGUCGCAAGCUCGGUUCUCACUCAUCAAGCUCUCCACGCCGUCGCCGUCCCAGCCCAGCCCACGCCGUCGCCGUCGCCGUCGCCGUCCCAGCCGAUCCACUUCAGCAUGUAUAUAGGUAAAAUAGAUAAAGUAACUUUUGGUGGAGCUAAAAAGCUAAAUUUUUAGCUCCACUGCUGUGGAUGCUCUUACACAGUAGCGUCGUCUUCUCUUGUUCUUCAUCAAUGGCUCUACCCGUCCGUUGCUCCCUUCAUACUCCUCCUCCAUCGCUACCUUCCCCUUUUCCUUCUUCUUCUUCUUCUUCGCACUCGCUUCUCAAAUUCUCGCCCCCAAAUUGCCUCAAAUUUACACUCCCUGCCCUCCGUCCCCGCUCUAACCACCACCGCCUGUCACUUUCUUCCUUGACCGCCUCUGCCUCACUCUCCGCCGUCGAUUCUCCCGAAUCAUCCCAUAUCCAAAACGAGAAGAAGCUCCUCCUCGAAGUCAAAGGCCUCACCGCCGUCAUUGCUGAAUCCAAACAACAAAUUCUCAAAGGCGUUAACCUCACAAUCUAUGAAGGAGAGGUUCACGCAAUUAUGGGAAAGAACGGUUCUGGAAAGAGCACAUUGGCCAAGGUUCUUGUUGGGCAUCCGGAUUACGAAGUGACGGGAGGGAGUGUAGUGUUCAAAGGGGAGAACUUGGUGGAGAUGGAACCGGAGGAAAGGUCGCUUGCGGGACUCUUUAUGAGCUUCCAAUCCCCAGUUGCCAUUCCUGGUGUCAACAAUAUUGACUUUCUCAAUAUGGCUUAUAAUGCUAGGAGAAGAAAACUUGGUCUGCCUGAGCUUGGACCUAUUGAGUUCUAUGGUUACAUUUUUCCCAAACUUGAACUUGUGAAUAUGAAGGCAGACUUUCUUAAUAGAAAUGUAAAUGAAGGAUUCAGUGGUGGUGAAAGGAAGCGGAAUGAAAUUUUACAACUUGCAGUUCUGGGUGCAGACUUGGCUAUCUUGGACGAAAUUGAUUCUGGACUGGAUGUUGAUGCACUUCGAGACGUAGCAGCUGCAGUGAAUGGGCUUUUGACUCCAAAGAAUUCUGUGUUGAUGAUUACUCAUUAUGCAAGACUUUUGAAUAUCAUAAAGCCUACAUAUAUACAUGUUAUGGAGGAUGGGAAAAUCUUGAGGACAGGAGACAGUUCGAUAGCAAAACUUCUGGAGGAUGAAGGGUAUCAAGCAAUUUCUGCAGUGUAACUGCAUGGAAAUUGAUUUCGGAUCCAUGCAUCGAAAAGAAGUGAUGAUUGAUUUGUAACCACUGAGGUCCAAGUUUUAGUGGCAGGCAAUCAAUGUUUCACUCUUGGGGUUGGCUCUUGUCAAAUUAUGUGCCUCACCAUGCUUCCUUUACACUUAUUAUACCUCAAAUUUAGUGGUCCCUACUUGGUAGAUUUCCUGUUUGAAAGGCUCUUGGAAGCUUAUUGCAACGGUGUGUGAGGAUUGGAGCUCCUGCUUGUAUUUUUGAGAUCAGAAAAAAGAAUGGCCUUUUGUCUGAUUCUUGCAGUCUCACAUGUUUAAUUUUAGUAGAUACUUGUGAAACCAGUAUAUUUUUUUGCAUGUACUACAUACAGUUGAUUCUGUAAUCAUUCUAUAAAUACCAAGGACUAUAAUCCUCUCAA